AUGCCGGCAUCUGCAGGACCCUGCUACGAUGAGCUCGUCGCUCCCCUCUACUCCUCAUCCAUCGGUGCCUCCUCCAGAUACAACAUCUUCUACUCGGCCAGCUUUGCCCGGCUGCACAGCACCAGUGGCUGGUCCCCUGACCCCCGGGACAAACAGCCCUGGCUCCAGAUCGACCUGAUGCAAAAGCACCGGAUAAAUGCGGUGGCCACGCAGGGGACCUUCAACACCUACGACUGGCUGACACGCUACAUUGUGCUCUAUGGAGACCACCCCACCAGCUGGAAACCCUUCUUCCAGCAGGGCAGCAACUGGACAUUCUUCGGGAAUGUGAACGAGAGUGGGGUGGUGCGGCACAACCUGCACUACCCCAUCCUUGCACGCUACGUCCGCAUCAUCCCGGUGGCCUGGAACCCGCGCGGGAAGAUUGGGCUGCGCCUGGGCCUCUACGGCUGCCCCUACCGGUCCCACGUGCUCUACUUUGAUGGGGAUGACGCCAUCUCCUACCGCUUCCGGGCUAAGAGGAUCAGCACUCUUGAGGAUGACAUCUCCUUCAACUUCAAGACACUGGAGCAGGACGGGGUGCUGAUGCAUGGGGAGGGCUCGCAGGGUGACUACAUCACGGUGGAGCUCAAGCAGGCCCAGCUCCUCCUGCACAUCAGCUUAGGCAGCAGCCCGCUGCAUGCCAGCGAGGGCCACACGACGGUGGCAGUGGGCAGCCUCCUGGAUGACCAGCACUGGCACUCACUGCACAUCGAGCGCUACGGCCACCACGUCAACCUGACGCUGGAUGGGGAGGUCAAACGCUUCCGCUGCCAUGGCACUUUCAGCCAGCUCGACCUUGACACCGAGAUCUUCUUUGGGGGGGUGAUCGACCAGGACAAGCAGCACCUCACCUACCGGCAAAACUUCCGGGGCUGUGUGGAGAACAUCAUCUUCAACGGGGUCAACAUCGCCGACCUGGCCCGGCACCGGAGACCCAACAUCCGCUUUGAGGGCAGCGUGGGCCACUACUGCCAGGACCAGCUGAACACCCCCAUCACCUUCGCCGGCAUCAACAACUACGUGCGGGUGCCGGGGAUCCCACGGAGGAACCGCCUGGCCGUCAGCUUCCGCUUCCGCUCCUGGGACACCGCCGGGCUUCUGCUCUACACCAGCUUCGCCGACCGCCUGGGCUCCCUUGAGGUGGUGCUAAGUGAGGGGCAGGUCAAUGUCUCCAUCGCACAGCCUGGCAAGAAGAAGCUGGAGUUUGCUGCAGGGCAUCGCCUGAACGACGGCUUCUGGCACUCGGUGCAGCUGGUGGCGCGGGACGGCUCAGCCGUGGUGACCAUUGAUGAUGACGACGGCGCCGAGUUUCGGGUGGCGCACCCCUUCCAGCUCCGUACCGGCAGCCAGUACUUCUUCGGAGGCUGCCCCAAGCCCGCCUCGGUCACUGGCUGCCGGUCGAACCAGACAGCCUUCCACGGCUGCCUGCAGAUGCUGAACGUGGACCUGCAGCCUGUGGAUGUGGAGCUGCUGGUGCAGCACCGGCUGGGGCAAUACUUCAACGUCCUCUUCAACGUUUGCGGCAUCACGGACAGGUGCACCCCCAACCUGUGCGAGCACGACAGCCGCUGCGUCCAGUCCUGGGACGACUUCAUGUGCAUCUGCGACCUGACGGGGUACAAGGGGGAGACCUGCCACAAAUCCCUUUACAAGGAGUCGUGCGAUGCUUACCGGGUCAGCGGGAAAACCUCAGGGAACUACACGAUUGACCCAGAUGGCAGUGGGCCGCUCAAGCCCUUCACGGUGUAUUGCGAUAUCCGAGAGGACCGAGCGUGGACCAUCAUCCGGCACAACCGUCACUACGCCACGCGGGUGACAGGCUCCAGUGUGGACCAGCCCUAUCUGGGGGCCGUGGAGUACUGGAACGCCUCCUGGGCUGAGGUCUCGGCACUGGCAAAUGCCUCUGAGUACUGCGAGCAGCGCAUCGAGCUCCACUGCUACAGCUCCCGCCUGCUCAACACCCCCUCUGGGCUGCCCUUCAGCUUCUGGAUGGGCCGACAUGAUGAGCGGCACUACUAUUGGGGGGGCUCACGGCCGGGCAUCCAGCGCUGUGCCUGCGGGCUGGACAAGAACUGCGCUGACCCCAAGUAUUUCUGCAACUGCGACGCUGACCAUGCACUGUGGAGGACGGACAAGGGUCUGCUGACCUUCGUGGACCACCUGCCCGUCACCCAGGUUGUAGUCGGAGACACCAACCGCUCCGGCUCUGAAGCCCAGUUCCUGCUGGGGCCCCUGCGGUGCUAUGGAGACCGCAACACCUGGAACACCGUCUCCUUCAACAGGGGUGCAGCCCUGCUCUUCCCCACCUUCCAAGCCAACCACAGCCUCGACAUCUCCUUCUACUUCAAGACCACCGCCCUGUCCGGUGUCUUCCUAGAGAACCCCGGUUCCCGAAACUACAUCCGCAUUGAGCUCAACACCACCAGGGAUGUGGUGUUUGCCUACGACAUCGGGAACGGGGAUGAGAACCUGACGGUGCGGUCGGUGGUGCCCUGGAACGAUGAUGAGUGGCACCAGGUGAAGGCUGAGCUCAACGUCAAGCUGGCGCGGCUGCGGGUGGACAAGCUGCCCUGGGUAGUGCGGCCGGCCCCCCCGCAGAGCUUCGUCCACCUGAACUUCGACAGGCCCCUCUACGUCGGCGCAGCAGAGCACAAGAUGCGUCCGUUCCUGGGGUGCCUGCGGGCGCUGCGGAUGAAUGGGGUGACGCUCAACCUGGAGGGCAAAGCCAACGAGACGGAAGGCGUGCGGGUCAACUGCACCGGCCACUGCCAGGACCCGCCGGUGCCCUGCCAGAACAGCGGGCUCUGCGUCGAGCGCUACAGCCACUACAGCUGCAACUGCAGCAUCUCCGCCUUCGAUGGGCCCUUCUGCAACCACGACAUCGGCGGCUACUUCGAGGAGGGCACCUGGGUGCGGUACAACAUCCUGCCGAUGUCGCUGUACGCCGCCCGCGAGUUCGCCAGCAUCAUCAGCAGCCCCUGGCAGCCCCUGCCCGGCUACAACCUCACCAGUGAGGAGGUCAGCUUCAGCUUCAGCACCACCUCAGCGCCUGCCGUGCUGCUCUACGUCAGCUCCUUCGUCAGGGACUACAUGGCCGUGCUCAUCAAGGACGACGGGAGCCUGCAGCUGCGCUACCAGCUGGGCACCAGCCCCUAUGUCUUUGCCCUCACCACCAAGCCAGUGACGGACGGGAGGCCCCACCAUGUCAACAUCACCCGCCUGCACCGCACGCUGUACACCCAGGUGGACUAUCUCCCUGUCAUGGAGCAGCAGUUCUCCCUGUUCGUGGACAGCAAGCUGGACUCGCCCAAAAACCUGUACCUGGGGCGUGUGAUGGAGACUGGCGUGAUCGACCCCGAGAUCCAGCGCUACAACACACCCGGCUUCUCAGGCUGCCUCUCAGGGGUGAAGUUUAACAGCCUCGUCCCCCUCAAAGCCAUCUUCCGCCCCACCAGUGUCGUGCGGCCCUACAGCAUCCGGGGGGAGCUGGUGGAGUCGAGCUGUGCCUCCAUGCUCCCCCUCACCACCAUCCUCAUCCCUCCUGAGAUGGACCCCUGGUACAUGGGCACAGAGUUCCCCCACGUGCACGAUGAUGGCUGGAUGGGGAUCAUCAUUGGGUUUGUGACCUUCCUGCUCCUGCUGCUCGGGGGGCUGCUGGUGCUGCUGUACUUUUACUACCACCGCUACAAGGGCUCCUACCACACCAACGAGCCCAAGGCCAUCCAGGACUACGGCAGCGCUGCCAAACCGCUGUCGGUGCGCAAGGACCAGAACCUGCCCCAAAUCCUGGAGGAGGCGAAAGGGGACUAG